AUGGCACCUAUUCGACGAUACCUCCGCAUCAGCAAAUACUCAGUACUGGAAUGUCGCAUUUAUCUCGAAUACCCACCCGAUUCACGAUGGCUCUUGGACUCUCGCGAUCCUGUCCUCCCGCGCGUCAUCGCUGCCGUUCGACCGUCGGUCCUUCCGAAGCUGCGUGAAGAGAAUGAGCGGUUGUUCUUGCGCAAGAAGGGCAAGCCAGUCAAGGAUGUCAUUAUAGAAGAUGACUUCGAAGUGGCCAUCUUCCUUCGCCAAUCCCGUACCCGCCAUUCGCUCCUCACGCGCAGCAAGACAUUCCAGGGGAAGGAUAAUGAAGAUCAAGACGUACAAAUGGAGGUGGCACCAGACCAUGUCUCGGGCGAUACAGCUGCCAAGGUUAACUCAGAUGGCGAAAUCAUGAUCGAGAGUGACAGUGAACCUGAUCUGGAAUUGCAUAAUAUUCCCGAAUCUGCGGAUGAAGUUGCCCUAGGGAAUGGACGUCGGUCGAGCAAGAGAAGGAGGACAACCAGGGAAGGCCAGGUGCCACCUGAAGACACGACUGGCAGUGACGAAAAGAAGCUCCGUUUUAGCACGCAUUAUGAGAGCUUCAUUAUCCAUGGAUGGGUGCUAUGUCUAUUGAUCACCCGCAAGGGCGACAAAGCCAGACCAAGUGCUGCGGCAUCUGAGUCGAAUCGGCCUCUGAUGGAAGAAUGGAUUUCAACCCAAGCCCAGGCGUCGGUUGACGACGAUUGA